GUUAUUUUCUGCCCCAAUUGAAUUUUUGUUUUGUUUUCUCCCAUUUUUGUUUUGUUUUGUUUCUCCUGUCAUCACAGCACCAAUGCUACUACAUAGGCUUUCAAAUCUCUCCGUAUUAGUCCUCAUUCUGCUGCUUGUAUAUAUUAUCAUGCAUUAUGUAUUACUCUUAGAACAUUGUCAUUUUGUUUUCCUUUUUUUUUUUCUUCUUUUUUUUAAUACCUUGUGAUUCACACCUUGUGAUUUAGAUGCACAUCGUUGUUGUCUGGUCCCUUUCUUUUUCCACUUGGGAUGGGUAAUGUGGACGUAUUGUCACUGUGUUUGACGAUUGGUGAUGAGGUUUGGGAUGCAAUUGUUAAUGAAUCUUUUUAAUUCUGGGCUGGGCUUGCGACUCCAUUCAGACUAACCACUGCAGUGGACUGACGUGCACGCUAGCCACCUACCAGAAUACACGUUGACAUCAACGUUGCAGACAAUCACCCUUCAAUUUAGUGAGGCAGUGCCUUUUUCACUGCAUGGUACCCACUCAGCUCUGUGCAGUUUAUAAUAUUACGCUGAUGCAUCAUGUCCGAAAAUUGGUAGGGUUUGUCCUGUAUUGGGGCUUUUUUAUUUUUUUUAUAUACAAAACAGCCAUCAUCUUUAAGAUGUGACAUAAAAAGGGGUUGCAGAAGCGUUUCCAUUCAGAAAAGAUACAACCAGAUACUCUGUUUCAAAGCAUGCCGAUAACAAAACUAUUGCUGAAAAACAGUUGAGCUAGUUGGGCUCAAGUUGGUACGGUGCAGUGGAAAAGGAUAUAAAAAAAAAAAAAAAAAAAGAACUAUGGAGGUGACAGACACUGCAGUGGGACUGAGAGUCCAGGCAGGCCGUGAUGUUACAAUGCCCAUGCAUUUGUGAUUUCAGAAUUGAAUGUCAUUGGGCUGUGAUGAUUUCCAAAAAAGGAAGCAACACUUUCUCUGUUCUUGGCCUCCCAUAGGGAAGAAAAGAACAUUUUGGAGUUAGUCACACACUCAUUAGAGACGUCCAAAUUAAAUGAUACUUCCACGUCCGUGCUUGUAGCUAUGACACACGCCCAAUGGUAUACGUGUGAACGUGAUUCACUGCAACCAAAACUGUGUGUGCGGAGUGGGGGGGAGGGGGGAGCUAAAUCAAAACUGAAACGAUAACCAGUAAGACUGGUUGUUGUAUCUGGCUGGUAAGAGGAGCAACACACACUGGUCCAUAGACAUGUAUACAUAUAUAUAUAUAUAUAAUAUGUAUGAUCAAAUAUAUAUAAUAUAUAUAUAUUACUUCUGAGAAUCCUUGUCUAUCUCUGUCUGUACCCCUCUUCCCCAUUUCCAUGUGUGAGCAGGUAAGUAUCCCCCAUCCCUUGCACUGUCACCAUGGCGAUACCUUGGCCUGUGACGUCACUACCGCUGUAGUUCAUUGCUUGUGUCUUGUUUUUUUUUUUUUUGACUACUGUAUGUCUUUAUCUCUAUCUGCUUUGUUUGGCUGAUUAUGAGUGGAUUAAGCCGUUUACGUCUCAAUCUUCCAAGUAGUCUUGAUUUCAAUUUUUUUUUGUUUUCAUUUUCUUUUGAUUGUCUUUUGUUUCUUUUUCUCGACAGUUGCUUUCCUUCUGAGCUAGCUCUUUUCACAGCUUGCGGAUUAAACUUUACAAAGAGGUUUGCGGGGCACGGGUUAAAGGAAAUCGGACGACAAUCAGGAAAAAGGGGAUGGUGACGCAAUAGGCUGCAAGAGACACAGCGAGGUUUUGUCGUCCUCACGGAUGAUGUCGCUCGUGUGUGCCAGCCUAUUGCUGCUCCGUUGUUUUGCUAACACUUAAAGCGGUACGGCAAAUUUGUCACGACUUUGUCUAAACUUGCUGUCUCAUCAGUAAGCUGUGAGAAUGGCUGGUGUUUGGUUCACUGUAGCUUUCUGGUCUCUUUGCACUUUUUUAAAAGGCUAAUUUCUCUAACCCCAGCACCCUAUGCUCUUAAAAGCAGGCUGUCUCCAAGCUGGCCUUUCACCUAGCUAGCUUAGGAAACAACUCACCUUGUCGUCUCUCUGUCUCUUGUUCCCUCAGGACGCACGGACCCCGUGCCCAUUAUCCUUAAAUAUGAUGUCAUGGGAAUGGGACGGAUGGAGAUGGAGAUGGAUUAUGCAGAGGAUGCCACAGAGAAAAGACGAGCGCUUGAAGUGGAGAAGGAAGAGACAGAAGAACUACGGCAGAAAUAUAAGGAUCAAAUUGAAAAGGAGAAAGCAAUUGCAAAAGCCCUGGAAGACCUGAGGGCUAAUUUCUACUGUGAGCUAUGUGACAAGCAGUACACCAAACACCAAGAAUUUGACAACCACAUCAACUCCUACGACCACGCUCAUAAGCAGAGGCUAAAGGAGCUCAAGCAGCGGGAGUUUGCUCGCAAUGUGUCGUCACGUUCCCGUAAAGGUGGAAAGAAGAAGGAAAAGAUGCUGCGUCGUCUGCACGAGCUGGCGGAGCAGAGGAAACAGCAGGACUGCACACCAGGGAGCGGGCCCAUGUUCAAAACGACCACAGUGGCAAUAGACGGCAAGAAAGCCGAAGAUGGAGACAUCUUUCUCCCUGAGAGUACUUUUGUGACAGAACCUGCCAUGGAGGUCUGUGUCCCAGAGAAACGUGAACAACCAUCGCCGAAGCCCGCGCCGACAUUUAGCUUCUCCCUUGGCAAGAAGAAAAACUGCUCCUCACCGACCUCCAGCGCAUCUUCCAAAGUCAGCGUGUCCUUCUCCUUUGCCAAGAAGGCGCCAGUGAAGCUGGAGACGGCCGCUGCGGUGUUUACCGAUCCCGGCGAGGCAAUCGAAGGUGAGGAGGAAGGGGAAGAGGGAGAAAAGGUUGCGGUGCAGGAGGAACUCCCCAUUUGCAACACUGACAGCCCCAAAGGAGCCUUGCGGGAUAGUGAUGGAGGAGAGUCCAGCAUUGCGACUGGGACAGAAGAGGCGCAGCAGUCGAAUGACGGAAGCUCGCUGGCUUCCACACUCAAUAAGCUGAAAAUGAUGAUGAGGAAGGACGAGGGCUACACAGGACAGGAGCCUCAGUACUACCACUACAUGCCUCCAGCGCACUGUCGAGUGAAGCCCCACUUCCAGUUCCUGCUCUUCAUGAAGGCGUCUGAGCAUAAUCAGAGUCAAGAAGACGAAGAGGAGGAUGAAGUGCAGGAGGAGAAGAUUGAGAACGCGUCUCAGGAGAGCAACACUGUCGAGUGCUGCAACGAGGAGGAUGAGGAUGAAGAUGAAGAUGAGGAUGCCAUCACCACCGCAACUCCUGAAGCUCAACAGACUCCCCCGGCUUCAAAAGCGAAUGAAGAUGACAACACUUUGAACACAGUAGAGGCAACUCCCGAGGUUCCUUCUUCUCCCACGCAGAAAGAAAAAAGCUCAUCACCACCACCGGAGCCUUUGGAGUCCAACUCGGGUCCCAAGAUCCCAGUGGGUCCGUUCUUCCCUGUGUUGAGUAAGGAUGAGAGCACCACCUUGCAGUGGCCCUCCGAGCUCCUCGAGUUCACGAAAGCGCCGCCCGCCCUGUCUUACAGCUGCAACCCUCUAUACUUUGAUUUCAAGCUGUCUCGGAACAAAGGCGCACGUUCCCGAAAGGUCGCAAAGUCUCCCAAGCCUAGCGAGCCUCCCGACAAGGAAAAGCGGAGAGAAUUGACAACCUCAAAAACGGAACCCGUCGUUAAUGCGGAACCGGUCGCUAAGGUGAAAGCCGCAGCAAAGACGGAGCUCAACAGUGAAGAGCCCGCUACGAAGGCGGAGGGCGGCCAGUCCGAAGGUGACGAUCAAAAAGCGGCAACGGGUGGCGGCGGCGCCAAGAAGAAGAAGAAAAAGAAGAAGCACAAGAAGUCGACAAAGCAUUCAAAGCGCAAAGCAAAAGAUAAAGAUGCGGCUGCCGAAGAUGCCGAGGGGGAGGCUGAACCAACUCAAGAGACGCCCAAGAAGAAGAAAAAGAAGCACAAAAAAAAGAAGAGCAAGAACAAAGCAGUGGAUCAAGAGGAGGCUCCAGCUGAGGAAAAGGAGAAAGCCAAGGUUAAGUCUGAAGAUAAACCCGAUCCUUCUCCGGGGCAGGCUCCCGCUGGAGGAGUUGUAGGAACUGGGAAGAGGAAGCGGGCUCUGAAGAAUCCCCUAAGCAGGUCGGGAGUGGAGGAAGGCGCCGCAGGAAAAAGCUCAGACAAAGCUGUUAGCUCUGAGGAGCACGGCAGCAACAAGCGACUAAAAACCGACUCCGUUCCAUCCCAGAGCGCCUCUUGUUCCACCUCGGCCCAGAGGAGCCCCGGUCCCGGAAGACCUCCCAGCAGCGAGAGCGAAGAAGAAGGCGGUUCAACCACCCAGCGAUCGCGCCACCACCGCUCGAGUCCUCGAGAAGAGCGGCGCCACCACAGCGAGGAGUCGAGACGCUCCGGCAGCCGCUCUUCCAGACGUGGCAGCAGCCGUCGGCGGCACCACCGCAGCAAGACCUCCCAGAGCCGCUCUUAUUCCAGCAGCUCCGAGCGCUCCUCGGCGGGCAGCAGCGCCUACAGCCACCGAAGCCGCAGCUACUCGGACAGCUACAGCGACUACAGUACCGAGGGGCACCGGCGCAGGCACUCCAAGCGCUCGUCGGACUCGGAUUACGAGAGACGGGGCAGCCGAGGGCACCGGCGAUCCAGGCGGCGCCAGUAUACCUCGUCAUCCUCCGAUGAUUCCCGCUCACGGUCGCGCAGCUACAGCCGCAGGAAGCGACACCGGCGGCACCACCGCAGCACCUCCAGGAGCUCCAGUAGCUGGAGCCGCAGCACCAGCGCAAGGUCCUGGAGGCGCAGCUACAGCCGGAGCCGCAGCUCCGGUAGCCGCUCUUCCAGCUCCGCCAAGGGAUCCCCGCACCGCCGGAGCGCUCGCAGCCGAGCGGGCAGCGAGACCCUCCGUAGGGACUUUAACCGCUCCAGCGUCUAUCGCUCGCAGUCCCCGCGAUCCGCCUCACGCAGCCUUAAUCGCACGGCCACCGCCUCGCAGGCUCCGCGCCUCGGCGGAACCCGGGAUGCCGGCGAGUACAAAAACUCCCUCACGGCACGCCAGCUCCUGGAGAAGAUUCAGUCGAAAAAGAAUGCUGAUGAUCGAGUCACCAAAUCCGGUUUAAAGAUCAAGGACCCGCCGCAGGGAUACUUUGGUCCCAAACUACCCCCAUCCACCAAAAGCAUGCUGCCGCUUUUCGGUAAACUUCAAGCAGGAAAGAAAACACCCGUGAUCCCCCCGAACAGAACGGAAGAGUGUGACAAAUCUGGAGCAGGGAAGAGCACAGAGGCUGACGGAGAAGUUAUCCUGGUGGAGCCCAUCAGGGAGUUCCCUCCACCGCCGCCACCUCCAGUCGCACCGGUCCUGAAGGUUGAGGAGACCCCACAGAGUGCAACAGUCCAGGAGGUGACGGAGCAGCCCACCACAGAGGCUCAGGUGCUACAAGAACCCCACCUGCUAUAUGAGCAGGACUCUUCCAUGAUGAUACCUCAGUACCAAGGGGAACUGGGCCAGGAGCCCUUGCAGAACCCCAUGAUGGAGACCAUCAUGCCUGACAUGCAACAGCAGCAGCCCCCGAUGCACGGCUAUCCCAUGUACCCGCCCUCUGGCCUGGAGGAGGACGGCCUGGAGGCGGAGGAAGAUGGCCUGGCCCCGCUGGAGAGUCAACCCAUCACGUUCACGCCGGAGGAGAUGGAGAAAUAUAGCAAGCUGCAGCAGGCGGCGCAGCAGCACAUCCAGCAGCAGCUGCUGGCCAAGCAGGUCAAGAGCUUCCCGUCGGCCGCCGUGGCCGCCGCCGCUAACCUGCCGCAGCCGCCGCCCCCGCCCACCCUGCAGCAGAUCCACAUCCAGCAGCCUGCCGUGUCGGUGGCGUCGGGCACGUCCAUCGCCACCGUGCAGCAUGCCAUCCUGCAGCACCACGCCGCCACCGCCGCCGCCAUGGGCAUCCACCCGGCGCACCACCCGCACCCCGCCCAUGCCCAGCUGGCCCAAGUGCACCACAUACCCCAGCAUCACCUCACCCCCAUUUCCCUUUCUCCACUUGGUCACACUCUCGGACACUCGUUGGGACACUCGCUGGGACACGCCGGGCUGAUCCCCGCCCACCACACCGCCUUCCUUUCCGGGCAGCCCAUCCACAUUAUCCCUGCCUCAGCGCUUCACCACACACCCCUGGCGCUCCACCACGUGCCCCACGCCGCACUCUACCACCCUACGCUGUUCACGCCAAGGGCCUCGCAGGCUGCGGCGGCGGCGGCGGCUCUCCAGCUCCACCCGCUCCUCCACCCUAUCUUCUCAGGGCAGGACCUCCAGCAUCCACCUAACCACGGCUCAUGAGCAGGUGAGAAGUCUGAUUGAACACUUAUUCCUCUCUUUUGGAGGUUUUUGCAAAUAUUCUUUUCUCCUAAGACUUUCUCCAGACACUGGUUUGUUGUUUUCAUGCGGUACGCAAACAGGAUUUUUAUUUUUUUUUUUAAACCACUUGUUUUUUUUCCCUGUUGUUUUUUAUGUUCUUCUACAGCCAGUGACAAAAAAAAUAAAUGAGAAAAAUAAUCCAGGGGUGAGCAACUGUAUACAGCCCCAUUUGCCAUCUAAGGAUGACCACCCCUGCUUUAAUAGGACUACUUUUACUCACUUGCAGUAAUGUGUACAUAUCUAAGUGUGCAAUCUGAAGAAUCCCACCCAAAGAAGCGUUGGUGGCCUAUAGAUCAUUGCGACUAUUAUUCACGUAACGAUCCAAGUCGCCCCCAAUUCGCAAUGCCAGGUGACAUUUCUUGCACUGAAAUCUUAGUCAAUGAUUGUAGUAUACUGCAAUAAUUUGUUUUCGUUUAUAAAUUAUUUUCCAAUAUGAGCUUUUCAAAGAAGGGUGUUUUUUUGUUGCUCUGUGUAUUUUUUUCUGUAAAUAAAGCUGCUAUAGAAUAACCUUAACAUUCUAGCAGUUGUUAUUGGUCAAGGAAGUUGCUCACCUGCCUCGAUGGGUCUAGGGAGGAUGUUCAAACUGUAGCUACUCUGUAUUUUGCUUUAAAACGGGAAUUGUGUCACCCAAUAAAUCCUUGAGUUCAUCCCUU